AUGUCUUCUUCUGAGAAUUACUAUAUUGAAGUUCUAACAAAGAUUCCAAUCUAUCUUCAUCAAUAUAUAGCUACUAUUCUUUUUAUCAUAGGUAAUAUUGGAAAUUUGUUAAGUAUUUUAAUAUUUUUUAAAAAAUCUUGGAAAAAAAAUGUUUGUGUUUUCUAUUUUACUGUUUUUCUUCUUAAUAAUACUGUUUUUCUUAAUUCAGCUGUACUUGGAUCUAUACUUAUAAUCGGUUUUAAUAUUAAUGUACUAAAUUCUAAUGUAAUUUUAUGUAAAAUUUUCUAUUAUAUAGCCUAUCUUUGUUCAACAUAUUUACCAUGUAUUCUUAUUUGUGCUUCAAUUGAUCGUUUAUUAAUAUCUUCACAAAAUGUUGAUACACGUUUGUAUAGUUCAAAACGUUUAGCUUAUUUCUUUAUAUCUACAAGUUUAUUUGUCUUGAGUAUGUUCUCUGUACAUGUACUUAUUAAAGUUAAUAUUCAGCAGUUUACUUCUACUCUAUUUGUAUGUUAUUAUGAUUUUUCAAAAUUUUAUUUGAAUUUUUUCAUAUAUUCGACAUUAAUAAUUAGUGUUGUUUUAUCUCUUGCCUUAAUAAUUUUAUCAAUUAUUGCUUUUAAUAAUGUUCGUCAUAUUCAAAUAAUACCACGUCAACAACGUAAACAAAUUCGAUCAAUGAAUAAAAAAGAUUUUCAAUUACUUCGUUGCUUAUAUGUUCAUAAUAUUAUAUAUAUCAUUUGUACUAUCGUAUUAGUUGUGGGUCUAGUCUAUAGUACAACAAUAGGAUAUGGAAAUCAAAAUUCUUUUGUUCAAGCUGUGAACAACUUUUUGAACAAGUUUGGUGGUUUUCUUCACUAUAUUCCAUACUGUACAAGUUUCUUCAUAUUUGUCUGUUUAUCAAAAGCAUUUCGGCAGGAACUGAAACGAUUUGUUUAUAAGAUAUGUGGCAAAGAUAUAACAAUACUACAAGAAGAAGAAAAUAAAGACUUGCAACCAGCAAGAAACAAUAUAGACUUAAAUGUUGUUGUUAAUACUAUUGCUUUAGCUUCUUAA